UCACCUUAUAAGUAAUCAAUAAUCAUCCACAAAUAUCUCUACAUUAGUAGAAACAUAUAGACAUGGCUUUAAGUGGGAAAGUGGAGAUUGAGAUAGAGAUUCAAGCACCUGCUGAUAAAUUCUAUAAUAUCUUUAGAAAGCAACUUGAACAUGUUCCUAAUAUAUCUCCAGAAAUACAUGAAAAUAAAGUGCAUGAAGGUGACGGGGAAAAUGUUGGUUCCAUCAAAUAUUGGGAAUAUAUAAUAGAAGGAAAAAAAGUAAGUGCUAAAGCAAAAAUUGAGACUAUAGAUGAUGAAAAUAAGUUAAUCACAUAUAGUUUAUUUGAUGGGGAAGUGAGUGAGAAUUACAAGAGUUUUAAGUCAACAUUUCAAGUGAUAGGUGGGAUUGUGAAAUGGACUUUUGAAUAUGAGAAGCUAAAGGAGGAUAUUGCAUUUGGAUCUCCAGAUUCAUACUUGGUCUUUGCUGAAAAGGUGACAAAAGAUAUUGAUGCUCAUCUUAUCAAAGAAUAGCAACAAAGAUGAAGAAGAAGUGUGUUUGGUUUGAGUGUGUUUACUUAUCAAAUAAACUUUAUUGUAAUGAAUGAAUGUUAUCUUAAUGUUUGUAAAAUGUUUGAUGUGUAUUAUGACUACUUAAUGUUUGUAAAAUGUUUAAUACAUAUGUUUUAUUGAUCAAGAUUUAAAGAACCUCGUUAAGUUAUAUAUUGGAAAAUGUGUGCUAAAUAAUAUGUUUUCAUCAAACUUUAUGUAAUGAUAUAAGUUGUUCUUUU